AUGUCGGGCACACAUUUACUAUAUUCCGCCGUCAGCGAGGGCCAUGACGAAGUUGUCGAGUCUCUUUUAUCUAAGGAAGUCAGUGACCUAGUCGAAUCGUUCAAUAUCAAACCCACAACUAGCCAGUCCCGUCCUGACACGUAUGGCCCAGGCGAUAUCAAUCGGCCGGCGCGAGAAGACCAGCGUACACCAGUGUUGGAGGCAAUCAGGUGGAAUCGAAAGUCCAUCGUCGAACUUCUAGUCGCGAAUGGUGCCGAUCUGAAGACAGUGGCCAAGAACCCUUUUAGCGAUGAAAUGAAUUGGACAGAUUUUCAUAUCCUCGCGACUACCGGGCACAAUACGGACUAUUCAGAGCUGGUGUCGUUCCUUAUCGAUGAGGGCCUACCUCUCGGUAACCCUAGCGGUACCGAGAGCUCACAUCAUCUGCCAGAGACUCCCUUCCUAGUCGCGGUCCAACAUAACGCUUUCAGUUUAGCUUCUACAUUUCUUGAAUACCGCGCAGAUCUCUCGCCUCGAUUAUUAGUUCCGGGUUGCUUUCUUUGGAAUAUCCCACCACAGUCCUUGGGCAUAUCGCUGCCGCUUCGUCGCAGCAUACGAUCUCACGUGUGA